AUGGCUACCGCUGCAACCUCUCUCAACCCCUCUCUCCUCGCGAUUCUCCUUGUUGCACAAACUCGGACUGGAUCAGGCGCUCAGCUUGUCUUCCACUAUCCUCCGGACCCGUUGUCCCCAGAUCGUGCUUCGCCUGCGUUGAGGUCCAGGGACGACGAUGAGGAAGAGAGCUCCAGCAGUGACUCUGGGGAGUCUUCUUCGGAGGAAGACUUCGAACUGUUCACGACACGUGUACAGGAUGCAGGAGCAGCAAACACCGACAAUCGGUCACAACGCUCCGAUGAGGAGGACGAUGACCAUCUGGUCAAGAGUGCUGCACAGGAUGAUGUAGAUUGGAAACCACAGUGGGAACCGCUCCUUGGUCUUGGAGAAGAUGGCCUGGUCAGCCUACUAGCGCCUGGCCGGGCCUGGCACAAACGCAGGUUCGAGCUUGGAAUCAACAACCUAACGUUCCUGGGCCGACCUGUCUACGCCCGUGAAGACGGGUCAUGGCGCAAGACCAGAUCGACAAAGUCCAGGGCCGCAGAAGAUGAAGGCUUACAGCAGUCCUCCGACGCAACUGCAAGUGACAAUGACAAGGAUGAAGAGGCAGAGAGCGACAAUGCUCUUACAGACAGGCUGGUCCCCGACAAGAAGACUCGCCGCGGGGCCGAGCCCUCCAAGAGCCAACUGACCAUGUUCCACGCUGUGUUUGUGAUGGACCCUCCACCAUUGGAGCACACACUGCGUGUCAAAGACAUGUAUGAUCAUGUUGCAAAGAAAUUCUCCAAAGUCCUCAAAUGGGAGCAGUCGCAUCACGAUUAUGUCUGGGAGCAAUCAGACUUGUUGCACUCGAUCAAAUCUACACACUACCAACAGCAGUCGCCUACCAAAGCGAUGUAUACAGAAAUGCUCCGAAGGUCGUCUCUGGCAGCAGCUACUGCCAAAGUAUUUGAUAACAUCUCGGCGUCCAAGAUAGCUGCCAUCACACUCAGUUCCAAACUAUCCGUGUCUUUUCAGAUCCCUCCUAUUACUUCAACCUCAUACCUGCCUUCUCUCAGCGAGCCUCCGCUGGAGCCAGGCUUGUGGCUUACCACCGCCACAGAUCCUGCUUCGACGGCAUCCGAUCUGGAUGCGACGUCAACGGGCGGAGCUUUGCAGCUAUCCAAGAAUUUUACUCUCUUGUUCAAAUCGAAUCCACAAAGGAUUCUCAAGGACAUCCAAACUGCCGGAGGUCGACUCGCCCUACCGUUGACGAGUUUCAUCGCGAAAGCCAAACCAACCAAGUCCUUUUAUAAGAUCUCGGUCGCUUCGCAAAUGACAUUAGGCGACAUCCAGCAUCUGGCCCGCCAUCUCGUCUACUGGCGGCGGGCAAUAGCGAUUCCUCCGUUGCAUCAACGAGAUACCUACAUUGUGUCUCCGAACGCAGACAUGAACAAACUUGUCUCGGCGUGUAAGACAUACGAGGCGACAUUUCCUAUGAUGCCGUCCUUACCCAAGAUGCUCGACUCCUUAAGUGGGACACCUGUACCUUACGGCACACUCAUUCCCAGCAGCGAUCACAAGGAAGAAUACUACCGUGUCCUUGCCUGGCUCAUGCGCGACGGCUGGGUGACGCAGCUUCGGACAUUUGCAUUCGUCCGCGUCGAUCCAGAAGUGAAGAAAGCCGUGCGGGAAAGAGAUAAGGAAGAAUCCAACCGCGCCAAACCACCGGCCGACCUCAAUGGCUCCGAUCGUGACAUGUCUCGAAGUUUCGGCAGCGGCACUCCCACCACAGUGGCAAGUAGCUUGGUCUCCUCAUUCAGGCAGCGACCUAGCAUGGUAAGCCGCCCGUCGAGCGACGGCCGACAGUCCAUCUCGACUGACCAGACGAGCACGCGCGGGACGCAGCAACCCAAACACAAUCCCAAAGCUGCGAGUCUGGUCUUGUCGCCCCAACGCGCCUCGCCCGAAGAGUCACACUGGCUCGACUACAUCGGCUCGACGUUGGUCGGGGCCACCGAGACUGAGACAGCCGAGCUGCAACGGUACUGGCCUAUUUUCGUCAAGUACUUUACGGGGUCGGAGGCUCUGGAGAGAAUCGCGGUGCGCGAGGGUCUCAAAAGAAAGUUUGUAUGGGACAUGCUGGUCAAGAUGGGGUUGAGUUUUGAUGGGGGGGUGGAGGAUGACAAGGGCGAAAACAAACGAGUCUUGGUCACACUUCGGCAUUGGUAG